CGCAAACAUUAUUCCGACCAAUUCUUCCAUGGAAUUAACAGGUACCUAUUCCAUUAAACCGGACGCAAUCAAUUCUACCGAAACCUCUUCUCUAUAUUUAGUAGUUCAAGCUAAUUGUUUUUAACCAUGGCAACAAAUGAGGCCACAAUUUUGCGCAACUAUCUACUCCUCCCAGCCCGCCUACCUACAAUCAUCUCCUUACAAGAAUUCACCUCUCUAUUCCCCAAAUCCCAACAAUCUUCUCCACAGAUCCGGUCGCUUUAUAGAGAUCUACAGCAGCAGCGCAACGCAGUAGUAGAUGGUGUAUCCCAGAAUAUCGACGCUCAGGUCAAGCAAGGUAAAGCUUUACGCCGAGAGGUGAUCAAGGCCCGACGAGAAGCCGAGCUAGAGGAGCAAGAUGACGAGAUUGAAAUUGAACGAAUGCUAUUCGGACCUACCUCCAAUACCAUACAGCCGAAGCAACAUACUCUAAUGACUAUUCUACCUGCAAUGGACGACGCUAUCACUGAUAUGGAACAUGAGAUACAAGCAAUGGAGCAGGAAGAAACCGCCCUGCUGGAGUCUACUAGACAAGCCGUUGGCAACAUGAGCGACCUCCGGUACGGUCGUUUCGUCAACCCCAAAUUAAAAGACGAGGUUCUAGAUGGCCUUCGACGCAUGCAAGACGUGUGUGAACACAAGACGUGAAUCAUGAUACAUUCCGAUUUAUUAGAUCACUACCUAUGUGACCCCGACCCAAUGAUACACAAUGCUUAUAACGAAGCUUCUUUAGUUGCAUCCCAACAUAACCACAGCCAGUUUUAUAGCGAGUGUCCAAUAUGCCAACUACAUAUUACAAUUAUCUUCGGGGAGCAGCUUGGCCGGCAGCAGGAGGUCGUCGGCCGCCAUC